AUGAAGCCGCGACUCGCACGCAUAAGGACGGCCCGCUUUCUGUUCGGCAGUGCGGCCACGGGCUCUGCAUCGCGAUUCUCGGCGCCACUUCCACGCAACUUCUUCACCUCUGCCCGCCAAGGACCGUCCGCAACGCCUCUCCACCAAAGCGCCCUUCUCUUCUUUCGCCUGCAGCGGUCCGCCCUGGGCCGUCGCUUCCAAUCGCUCCGCCUCAAGAGCGACAAGCCCACGUAUCAGUCGCACAAUCCCACGCCACACCUAGGCAGCCCCGAACCCGCACCUUCAAUAUCGCAGCGUCUGAAACAGCUCUCCCGAGAAUAUGGCUGGACAGCCGUCGGUGUAUACUUCGCCCUGUCACUCGUCGACUUUCCCCUCUGCUUCGUAGCAGUGCGCCUACUCGGAACCGACAGAAUCGGCCACUAUGAGGAGGUGAUAAAAAAUGCCUUUUGGAAUGUAAUACGCAUGGCUUUUCCAGACGCAGGCAAGAUGCCAGCAGAGCCAGGCGCGGAUGAAGACGUCUCCGAAGCCACUGCAAGAGAGGGCUAUGUCGAGGCUGGGAGAGCAGUUGGGCACAACGGCGGUGCUGAUGCAUCAAUCUGGACCCAACUCGGUCUAGCCUACCUCGUCCACAAGUCCUUAAUCUUCUUCCGCGUACCACUUACCGCAGCUGUCCUUCCCAAAGUUGUCAAGACCUUGAGGAGUUGGGGGUACAACAUCGGUAAGAAGAAACCGAAGAACUAA